AUGAGGGCCCACUUGGUGUUUAUUUGCUUAAUGGCAGCAACGUUUGCUCUGUCUGUAAAGAGUAAACCCCAUGGAAAAUAUCAUGCUUUGUUUAAGACCUCACACACAGCCAAAGAGAAGGAUGUUAUCCCAGAGGAGAACAACAAGGGACAGGUCUUGCCCACUUUUGUCACAUUUGAAGCCAGCAGCCAGGAGCAAGGAGAUGAGGAGAUGAUCUCUGAGGACAAUGCUAAUGCUAACACUAAGAAGGAGGAAGGAGUGUUCGAAGUGACCGAUAGGACUGAUAAAAGCACUGCAGUCCUCCUGAGUGAAGAGGAACUGGUAGACCUCCUGAAGAAAGAGGCGGAAGAAGAAGAAGGCGAGCAGGAAGAAGAAAUGGAAGAGGGCAACUUAGAGAUCGAGGAAAACACCAAAGAAACGAGAGAUGAGGAGGAAGAGAAGGAAGAGAGCAAGCAAGACGCUGAAGUGCUGGAGAAGGAAGACAAGGUGGUGUUGGAAGAAAUAUCUCUUAAGGCAAAGGCAGAAGAGUCCAUCAGCACUAAAGGAGGCAGAGGAGAGAAAGAGGUGGAGGUAGAGGAAACAGAUGGUAGCACAGAGUCAGAGAUCCCAGUAGAUCUUGACUAUGCCGCUGACAGUGGCAUUUCACAAGCUCUACUGCCUGUGUCUGCGGAAAUAAAACCCCCCACCGAUAAAACCCAGCUUCUUUCAAAGACAGAUGUUUCAGAUGUUAAUGAGAAAGAAAUGCUCACCAGUGAGAAAAUAAUACCCACUAUAGCUGACGACUAUGAACAAGACAUGCAAAAUACAGAGCCAGCAGAUAGUGAGGAAGUGGACGACCAGGAUGAGCUCCCUGAAGGAAAAAAUGACAAGGACAAAGGUAAAAAAGAGGCCAAGGCAGACGUGGAGCUUGAGGGGUCACGGCUGGCUGGGAAGGAGGGUGCAGGGGAAGAUGAGAAAACUAAGAAUGACAGUGCAAGUCACAGCAAGGGAAAGACAAGGAAGCAGAAAAAGAACCAGAGGGCAAGGAAGCAUCCUCCACAGAAGGAUGAAACCCGACCCGAGCAGGAGGAGAGCCAACCAGAGGAAUCGGAGGACAGCAGCAUCGACAAUGCAGUGCACAAGGCUAAGAGGAGAAGGGCAGGAAAAUGGGCUCCUUUAGUGGGUAUGAAUCCAGUGCAGAUAAGGGCCACAGUGGAUCUCUACCCCAGUGCCAGGCCCACCCUUGGCGGAGGCAUACAUCACCCAGAAGCUCCUGCUGACCCAUGUGACAACUUCCGAUGCAAGCGUGGAAAGACCUGCAAACUUGAUGCAGACAACAAGCCAGCCUGUGUGUGUCAGGAGCCCUCAGAGUGUCCUCCCAGCGUGAAUGAAUUUGAUCAUGUUUGUGGGACUGACAAUAACACAUAUGACACAUCAUGUGAACUCUUUGCUACAAAAUGCAACCUGGAGGGCACCAAGAGAGGACACAGACUUCAUCUCGACUACACUGGGCCAUGCAAAUUCAUAGCUCCAUGUCUGGACACUGAGCUGGUCCAAUUCCCUCUACGGAUGAGGGACUGGCUGAAAAAUGUGCUGCUGCAGCUCUAUGAACAUGACUCCAUGUCCCCUGGCUUCCUCACUUCCAAACAACGUGCUAGAGUGAGGAAGAUCUUUGAGAGUGAGAGGCGCCUGCAUGCUGGUGAUCACUCCAUCGAGCUGCUGGCCCAAGACUUUGAGAAGAACUACAACAUGUACAUCUACCCAGUGCACUGGCAGUUUGCCCAGAUGGACCAACACCCUUCUGACAGGUUUCUGUCCCACUCAGAGCUGGCCCCACUUAGGGUCCCUCUAGUGCCAAUGGAGCAUUGCACAUCCCGCUUCUUCCAGGAGUGCGACGCUGACAAGGACAAGCAAGUCUCCUUUAAGGAGUGGGCGUACUGCUUCGGCAUCAAGGAUGAGGACAUGGAUGUCAACCUGCUUUUCUGAGCGACAUUGUGAA